UGACCCUCAGGGUCUCCAUGACCGUUAACCCCUGACGAAGGCUUUGUUUAUGUUCCGCCUCCUUCUGCACUGUAAAUUCUCUGAGCUGAAGCCUUGGUUUCUCCAUUCCCGCACGUCUAUACACACAUUCACCACACAUUUCACAGUGACUUGAUCAGCUGUACUUCCAUCUACAUACACAAAUUCAUCAUGGAUAGCACUCUAAUCAUCUCUCCUGAGACUCUAACACUCUACUGCAUUGUUGCUGUAUUGCUUCUGUUUGUGUUAAAAUGCACUCUGGGACGGCGCCAGUCCUCCAGAGGUGCCAAAGCGCUGCCGUGUUUGCCGAGCGUGCCAUUCCUAGGCAGCCUGCUGCACCUGCGCUCACCUCUUCCUCCACAUCUGCUCUUUUCCAAGCUGGCCAGCAGAUAUGGGCCGCUCUUCAGCCUGUACAUGGGGCCACACUACACGCUGGUGGUGAGUGAAGUGACGCUGGCUAGAGAGGUGCUGUUGCACAGGGGCAAAGACUUCGCUGGACGGCCCAAGAUGGUUACCACAGACGUGUUGACUCGCGGAGGGAAAGACAUUGCGUUUGCCGACUACAACACGCUGUGGAGGAGUCAUCGCAGACUAGUGCAGUCCUCCUUCGCACUUUUUGGGGAGGGCUCCAGCAAACUCCAGACCAUUGUAUUAGAUGCUGCAGAUAACCUUUGUUCGGACCUGCAGGCCUGCAGGGGGCAGUCUGUAGAUAUGGGUCCAAUCAUCAUGCGAGCCGUCACCAAUGUGGUAUGCAGGCUGGUUUUCCGGUCGACCUAUGAACCCCAUGACCCCGAGCUCCAGCAGGUUAUAUACUAUAACAACGGUAUUGUCCAGACCAUUGCACAUGGAAGCCUGGUGGAUAUCUUUCCUUGGUUACAGAUUUUUCCCAAUAAGGACUUGGCCAAGCUGAGAGAGUGUGUGUAUAUCAGAGACAAAUUACUGACCACGAAACUGGAAGAGCACAAGCUGACCCAUACACCUGGGGAACCACGAGACCUCCUAGACGCUCUCCUGAGUGGGUCAGGUGGUGAGGGCGGUGUCACAGAUGAUCACAUUUUGAUGACAGCAGCUGAAGCGUUUGGAGCUGGAGUAGAGACGACAUCCUCCACUUUACUCUGGACUAUAGCUUUCUUACUACACUACCCAGAAGUGCAAGAACGUCUUCACGCCGAGCUGGACGAGUGUGUGGGCAGGGACCGACACCCUUCCUUGAGUGACAGGACCAGUCUGCCAUUUCUGGAGAGUGUGUUGUCUGAGGUUAUGAGAAUUCGCCCUGCCAGUCCUAUCCUCAUCCCCCAUGUUGCUAUGCAGGACACCAGUUUAGGAGGACAUGAUGUUUCAAAAGGAACAAGAGUCUUGGUGAACAUCUGGGCAAUCCACCACGACCCAAAACACUGGGAAAAACCUGACCAAUUCAGACCAGACAGGUUCCUGGAUGGCAUGGGUAAGAGGAUAACUCCACCCAGUUACCUUCCCUUUGGGGCGGGGCCCAGAGUAUGUGUGGGUGAAUCGUUGGCCCGGAUUGAGCUUUUCCUGCUCCUCAGCCGUCUUCUGCAGAAGUUCCAUUUCAGCGUCCCUUAUGGCGCUUCCCUGCCUGACCUGCGUGGUCGCUUUGGAGUCGUGCUUCAACCGCAACGCUACACGGUCACAGUAAAACUGCGUCACUGAACAUAUCCAGCGAUGAUGUAACAAUAUCAACAUUAUUUCUAGGUGCAGCCUGUUCAUUCAGUACGCUACAAGAUGUUUUUU